GUUAAGUUAGUGUUAAGUGAACUUGAUGAAAGUGCGGUUUUUCCGGUGAUUUGUUGUUAUUUGCGUGUUUUUUUUAGUGUAAUUUGAUGUGUGAUUUUUAAAAGUUUUUACAGACUACCAGCAGGAUGUCCGAAGACCAACCACCCCUGAUCUACAACGACUCAAUAUUCCUCUACGACAAUGUCGAUCUACAACUGAACACCAGUAGCGAAAUAUUCCUGGAAGAGAACAACUGGUGGGCACUUUCCGCCAUCGGUCUCGCCAUCGGUACAGCCGCAGGGAACAUUCUCGUUUGUCUGGCCAUCUGUUGGGAACGACGUCUACAAAACGUCACCAAUUAUUUCCUGAUGAGUUUGGCCAUAACGGAUUUAAUGGUCGCCAUAUUGGUUAUGCCACUUGGAAUUUUAACUUUGGUUAGAGGUUAUUUUCCGUUACCGUCGAUCUACUGCCUCGCCUGGAUCUGCCUGGACGUGCUGUUUUGCACGGCGUCCAUAAUGCACCUGUGCACGAUCAGCGUCGACCGCUACUUAUCCCUCAGGUACCCGAUGAAAUUCGGAAGGAACAAAUCCAGACGUCGCGUCAUCCUGAAAAUCGUUUUCGUGUGGCUCCUCUCGAUCGCGAUGAGCCUGCCCCUCAGCCUGAUGUAUUCGAAAGAUCAAGGGUCUUUGAUCAUCGAUGGAGUGUGCCAGAUCCCGGAUCCGCUCUACAAACUGAUCGGAUCAAUAAUCUGCUUCUACAUUCCCUUAUUGGUGAUGCUAGUGACGUACGCCCUCACCGUCAGAUUAUUGGCGAAUCAGAAACAAAACCUGGGAACCCCGAAUUGGUCCAGUAAUUGGAUGGGAUCCGCGUCUACGCCACUGGAACGUAGAUGCACCUGGCGUCGCCUCCUCAAAGCAACAAAAGCGGGCAAACUUUCAACCCUCUCCACGCCGCAACACGGUCAUUCAGCAGGUUCCACUGACACAGAACUGACCACCCUGGAUACCCACGAGCUCUGGAUUCAAGAAUCCGAACCGACCCCUUGCACCAUGUCAGCUCUAGGCCAGUUCGGAGCUGAGAUGCUGAAACUGUCCCGCGGGUUACAAGAAGCUGCCGCAGCUGCAGCUGCCAGUAACAUGACCUCCAUCGCCAAUAAAAAUGACUCGACGGACAGUCUAAGCGCCUCCCGUUCCUCCCUCCUCACCAACUCCGAAUUAUCACCGUGGCCCCAACCGAAACGGCGACGAGCCUCGACUUUCCACGAGGGCGACUCCCGCGACGACUCCCCCUCCCCGAAGUGGCGAAAACGACGAGGCUCGAGCUUCCACGAACUCUACUCGACGCCGAGUAACGAGAGCGAGCGAACUCGCCCGACCGAGGAGUGCUCCCUGUCGCUACCGCCCCCGUGCACCUGUCCGUACUUCGGCGGCGCGUCCAAAAGGGCGGAAAAGUGCGAACAGAUCGAGGUGAAGAUCGUUUCGGGCGCAGAUCGUUUGGGGGUGGUGAACUUUUCGCCGCGGCACCGCAAUAGUUUCGGGGGCGUGGGUGCGGAAAAACCCUCGCCGGGUACGAAGAAGUCGGCGUUGAGUGCGAGGAGUAGAGGUGGAAGUGGAGACUCCUCACCGAGCAAUAUAGUGGUUACUUGGGAGGCUAGGAGGGGGCAUAGGAGAGGCUCGAGUUUCGGUAAUACAAAGAGCGCCCUCCUGACUACCACCACCACCACCGCCACGACCUCCCCGGGCGUUUCCCAGAGGACGCCCCUGCUACGCCGCUCGGCAACCCUGCGACACAACGGCAACAUCGCCGCCACGUUGCCGGAGCGCCAAAAGAACCCCUCCUCGACCCCCUGUUUGUUACAGAGGUACAAUCAGUACGGCAACGUCGGAGGUACCCGAAGCGUGCGCUCCCACCACUCCAGAAAUUCCUCGGUGAUAUCCAGGAAUUCCUCGCGACACGGCAGGAUAAUUCGGCUGGAACAGAAAGCGACCAAGGUGCUGGGCGUGGUUUUUUUCACCUUCGUCAUCCUGUGGGCUCCGUUUUUUAUCCUGAACCUGUUGCCGGCCUUUUGUAAGGAGUGCGAGGCGAAUAUGGACGCGUGGGUGAUGCAUUUCGUCACCUGGUUGGGCUAUGCCAGUUCGAUGGUCAAUCCGAUUUUUUACACGAUAUUUAAUAAAGUGUUUCGGCAGGCUUUUAAGAAGGUUUUGACGUGUAAGUAUCGGAAAACCACCACCUGGAGGCCCCAUCGGUGACAAAUGAGGAUGAAAAACGUCCAAAAGACGAACGUGUGAACGGGAGCGGCUCAUUUUUUUUGUCGUCAUUGAUUGAUCAAACUGUUCUGGUCUUGACACGAACUUAAGUCUUUCAUUAAGUUGUGAUAUAUUUACUUACUUCUCAAGCAACACGAGUUCGUAAAAUGUACGUUAGUUUUACAUAUUAUUUUUUUUUACGAAACGUUUGAUAUGCGUUUUUUUCUAAUUCCUCUUACCUUAGUUGUUUUUUUUAUAAUUAGCGUUUUUUUAACGUUUAUCCGAAGCAUAUAGUAUAGGUUUAUAUUAUUCUGUUUUUGGCUCUAUACAAUAAUUUCAAUUGUAAGUUUUGAGUAAGGUUAGUCUUCAAAAGCUAUUAUCCAAUCUAAUAACACUGUCUUUCGGAACUGAGAUUCUUAGCAAAGAUUAAGGUACGUUAGUGUACGUUACGGAAUUUUCAAGAUAUUUGGAAAAUUACAAGUGCUACAGCAAAACUGCAUAGAAUAAAUAUUGUAGAAUAUAAAAUUGUGUACCAAUGUGUGAUUUCAUAUAUAAAUAUUUAGUAAUAUUUAUAUAUGAA